CUCCAACCAUUUGGAUUUGAGGCUCCGAGAGGUCACAGUCUUUUUUUCCUUUUUUUGCUUUCGGGAAUGUUUCUUUGUUUUCUAGGGUUUUGAAAUCUCCAGAAGAACAAAACAAAAUGGGUCCUCUUGUCGGAGCGACCGAGCUCUCCAAAGCACUCGCCGAGGCUGCCAAUAAUCUCGUCAAGCCUCAUUCCUCAACUGAUGCGACUCUCACUCUUCUCGAUGAAAUCGAGUCUCUGCUUGCCACUGUUGAGCAAGAUCCUACUGCACCAGUACAAAAUGCCCUGUUUCCGUUGAUGAAGGCUAUGGUAUCUGCUGAUCUCUUAAGAAACCCUGAUUCUGAUGUUAGGGUUUCUGUUGUCUCCUGCUUGACCGAAAUUAUGAGGAUUACUGCUCCAGAGGCCCCUUAUAACGAUGACCAAAUGAAGGAUAUUUUCCAGGUGACAAUAGAAGCAUUUGAUAAACUAGUUGAUGCUUCCAGUCGCAGUUAUAGGAAAGCUGAGGUCGUUCUUGAGACUGUUGCAAAGGUCAGAUCAUCCUUAGUUAUGUUGGACUUGGAGUGCGAUGAUCUUGUCCUAGAAAUGUUUCGACAGUUCUUGAAAAUCAUAAGGCCGGAUCAUCCUCUACUGGUGCUUCUCUCAAUGGAAACGAUUAUGAUCACAGUUAUAGAUGAAAGUGAAGAAGUACCCAUGGAUUUGCUCGAGAUUCUCUUAACUUCUGUCAAGAAGGAAAGUCAGAAUGUCUCACCAGCGGCUUCGACGCUUGUGGAGAAGGUUCUCAGUAGUUGCGCAUGUAAGCUUCAGCCUUGCAUCAUGGAAGCUUUGAAGUCCACAGGGGCCAGCUUGGACAUGUAUUCUCCAGUAGUUUCAUCAAUAUGCCAAAACGAAUCUGCCAUUACUCAAGGGCACAGUGAUGUUAAGGCCAAAGAAAAUGAGGCAGAUGAAAAAAUAUCAGAAGAACACGUAAUUCCGAGCGAUUCAUUGGAGGUCAAAUUGAAUUUGGGGAUUUCUCUCAAGGGAAAUAGAUCAAAGAGAACUGCUAGAGGUGGAACUCGUCAGGCCAAUAUAGAUGAAAAAGUACCAACUGAAAAUGAAGGGCAGUCCGAAAGUACAGAUGCAGAGACUGCAUCAGGGUCUAAACGGAAGAGAGGGCGGAAACCCAAUUCUCUGAUGAAUGCUGAGGAAGGUUAUUCGUUUAAAACGUCUUCAAGCAAGAAGGUGCAGGAAAAAGAACUCGAAGAUCCAUCACUGGCGAAGGUGGCUGCUAAGAAAGCAACUUCACCUACUAAAGUUGGUCAAACGAAUCAGUCAGUUGCUAAGACGGGGUCAAGUAAACGAAGCCGAACUAAGAUGGAAGAGACAAAUCAUGAUGUAGGUUCCUCAGCUUUACCACCAUCAAAGAAACAGAUUGUAAAGAAAGAUAAUAGGGAAGAAGAAGAUUUGAUGGAAUCUGACCUUGAAAAGCCUGAAGAUGGCGUUAAGACUGGAAGGUCAAGUAAAAAGGAGAAAACACAGAAUGGUUUAGCAAAAACAUCUGCAAAAAAGCCACUUGCAGACACUAAGAAUGUGAAGCCCAGUGGCAAAAAAUCAGACCAUUUAGAUGCUAAGAAAGAGACUAAAGAAAGUGCAAGCAUGAAAAAAUUAGUCCAUUCAGAUGCUAAGAAAAAGACUUCGGGAGGUGCAAGCAUGAAAAAGUUGGUCCAUUCAGAUGCUAAGAAGAAAAAUUCAGCAGGUGCAAGUGAGAAUACACCUAUUCCCCGAUCAUCAAAAAGCAAGAAGAAGGAUUCUCUUGCAAUGACGCCAUCAACCAAAAAAUCUGAACAAACUCCUAAGAACCAUCCCAAGAGAAAACGGACAGCAGGGGAGGAUAUGGAGUCUAAUACAAAUGAUCUUAGUGAGGGAUUGGUUGGUAAGAAAGUUAGCGUCUGGUGGCCACUUGACAAGGCAUUUUACGAAGGUGUGAUAGACUCCUAUUCUAGUAUUAAGAAGAUGCAUAAAGUGACAUAUUUAGAUGGGGAUGAAGAAGAGCUUAAUCUCAAAAACGAACGAUAUAAGAUAAUCCAGCAGGAAAGUGAUGAUGAGUCUAAGCAGGAAAGUGAUGAUGAGACUAUUCCUUUAUCUGAACUUAUCAUACAGAAGCAGAAAGCCAAGAAGAGCAAAAAUGUGUCUAAGAAUGUGGAACCAAUUAGUUCACCAGAACUCGGAUCCUCUAUGCAAACGACAAAGAUGAAAGACUCGGUAGGAGACUCCGGUAAGCAAGCGAAAAGAACCAAAGGUGCACUUAGCAACAAAUCAGAAAGCACUGAAGGGAAAAACCGUAAAUCCUUGGAAGGCCUGAACGGUGAUCCUGUUAAAACAAAAAGCAGGACUGGCAAAAAGCAGAAGGUGACCCGAGCUAUGCACCCGGAGAGUGAAAAAGAUUGUGAUGAUAAGGAAGACCUGAAAACUAAAGGUGAAGCCUGUCUGACAUUGGGGAAAGAAUCAGAGGCAGAGCCUAUUGCUAUGGAAGGACACCAACAGCUGCCUGAAAAUCAAAAUGCAGAAACCAAAACUGAGGGAGAAGAGGAAAAAUCAGCAAAAGAGCCAAAUGAAGAAACUGACACUGAUGGAAAAGAGUGUAACUCACUGAGGGAGCCAAAUGAAGAUCCCAAAACUGAUGGAGAAGAGCAGGAGGCAGGGAAAGAGCCAACUGGGGAAACUAAAAUUGACGAGGAAGAAGAGCACAAGGUAGCAAAAGAUACAAAUCUAGAAAUUGAAACUGACGGGGAAGAGAAAGAGUCACUGAAAGAGACACAUGUAGAACCCACAACUGAGGGAGAAGAGCGAAUGUCAGUGAAAGAGUCACUGAAAGAGACGCAUGUAGAACCCACAACAGAGGGAGAAGAGCGAAUGUCAGUGAAAGAGCCAAAUGCAGAACCUGAAACCAAGGUACAAGAGAAAGAAGAGUCAGGAAAAGAUCAAACUACAGGCAGAAAAUUGAUUGAGAAGGAGGAUAUGUCUGAGGCAAAGGAAGAAGAGGUCGACAAAGAAACAGAAACAAGCAUGCCUGAGACUGGUAAAGUAGAAAAUGAAGCUGAAGAAGAUGACCAGAGAGUGAUAAAGGAACUAGAAGCCGUGUCUGAUAAAGGAGAAGUCAGUACAACCGUGCUUCAGGUUGAUCUAUGAAUAAAGCAUGGUUAGGUAAAUGUUUAACUCUGGAAAAAAGAUUGGUACUUGUUGUUUAGGUAACUUUUGUGUUGAGUGAAGCUCUGCUUGUUUAGAGACUAAUGUUGCUCCUGCUAGUAGAUUCUUCUGACCUAUGUCUUAUUAUGGAUCUAGUUUGAUCAUGUCACCUGAGUAGCAGCAUAUAUUUAUAUUUAUAUGUUUAGAGACA